CCUCCUGUGGUUAAAGUUCCGUUAUGGAUAAAUAUCACCUUAAAAUAUCAAAAUUUCCUCAAAAAUGCGAGCUAACGUUUGAAAGUAUAGGUGUGUUAAGCGCUCAGAAGAGCUGACCGAAAUACCGGUCAGUUGGUCGAGUCUGUGGUCUCAGGAUGCCGGACUGGAUCAGUCUGUGUGUCAUUAGCCUGUUGUUAAGUCUAACGGCGCUGGUUUGUUACGUUCUGUACUCGGGGCUGUUGGCAGAAAUCAUCGUACUGACAGGCUCUCCUCCAAUUAGGAAAAUCACAUUUGCCUACAAAUAUAAACAGGGACCGUACAAAAACUGUGGACCACUUUUUCGGGAGGCUGCUACUCUUGGACCAAAGCUGCCAUGUAUUGGAGUUUUUUAUGAUCACCCCAACAAGGGGCCUCUAUGCCGCUAUGCUGCCGGCAGUAUUCUGAGCGAGGGACAAAACAAAGCAGACGAGGAUCUUCUGAAGAUCUACAAGUCAGCGGGCUUUAAUGUUUAUUCCUUUCCUGAAGUCACACAUGUGGUCACUACCUCAUUCCCCUACAGGACGUUUCUCUCCAUCUUCCUCAGACUAAAGGUUUACGCACCGCUGAACCACUACAUCAAGGAGAGAAGAUUGUGUGCACAUCCAUUCCUGGAGAUCUACAGAGAGGGUCGCAUCCACUUCAUAGCCCCUUUGGCUCGACAGGAAGAUUUCUACGUGCCAGAGGUCCUACGAAAAGAAAGGAGGCAAUCAGAACAAGAGGAAACUCACAGUGACUCAGAUGUCUCAGGUGCAGAAUCUAACAGUGAAUACAGCUCAGGGAGUGGAGUUCUUCUGUCAGACAGCAGAGAGACGUCCCUGGCGGCAUCCUCAGUCCGCUCUGUGCCUCUCCAGGAUCAUGAAGAGAGAGACGGCAGAGGGAGAAGCUCGGGGGGAAUCUCCCUGAAAGAGCUGGACUGGGAGCAAACUGGUGGACAGCAGGCUGAGAGAGAAGAGCUGCUUCAUGGAGACUCUGACCAGAAGAGCCCGGAGGCUCCCACGCAGGAGUGGUGGGGUGCUGUUGGAGAAGAAGAGUGAGAGUUAGAUAUUCAGCCAGUCGUUCUGUGCAGAUGCUGCAACCCUCCUCCA